UCUACAAAGUACCAACAUGGCGAAAAGCUUGUGCCUCUGGUUUGCUGUAGCCAUGGUUUGCACGUGGCUCUCCCUGUCCACCGCUAGGGAGAUAAGGAACGAAAUGGACCUCGAGAUGGCGGCUAGUCAUCAUCACGGGCAUCAUCACGAGGAGGGCGGCGGUCAUCAUCACCAUAGUCACCACGAGGACGACCAUGGGGAAAAGGGUGAAAAGGGUUACAAACACCAUCACCAUCACGACAAAGGCGACCACGGCCAUUAUGGAAAGGAACACGACGAAGGACAUCACGAAGAACACGGUGGACACAAGAAGGGCCACCAUGACGAGCACGAGGAACAUGGUCACCACCAUGAACACGAGAAAGGCCAUAAGGGCGAGAAGCAUGGACACAAGAAGGGACACAAAAAAGGCGAGAAGACCCAUGGUUAUCAUCACAAAGCUCAUAAGGAUGAAUACCACAAGGAACACAAGUUCUACGACGACUACCACAAAGGUGGACAUCACGAAAAACAUGGCAAUCACCAUGGACACCACGAGAGCAAGGAUGGGCAUCACAAAAAGGGUGGCCAUCAUCAUUCCGGUCAUCACGAGGACCAUCAUGGAAAGAAGGGUCACUCUGAUAAAGGACAUUACGACGACGAUCACAAGGGUUAUCAUGGUAAACAUGGACACGACGAGCAUCAUUCGCACUAUGAAGAUUAUGGUAAAAAGGGUGAACAUCAAGAAGGAAAGAAGCAUGGUUAUUCGAGCGGUGGUGGUGGCGGCGGAGGCCAUGGCGGUGGCGGCGGUGGCCAUCAUCAUCAUCAUUGAAGAAUGUAACAGUAACGAUGUAACUGAUGUAACCAAGUUUACUUAUCACUGUUGCGCUGCUUGUUGGUUUUUUAUUUCGUCGUUAAUUAA